AUAAUGUAGGCAUGCUCUAAAGUAUUGUCUAAGGAAAAAUUAAUACAGAGGCCGUGUGUUUGACUAUGUUUUUUUAAAACUUCAACAAGUGAGGUAGAACAAUUUGGUCAACAGACAUGACAUCAGGAAGAAGAAUCAAAGAAUAUGUUCAGAAAUUUUUUUAUCCUCCAGGAGUUACACCUCUACCACUGGGGAUUUCAUUGGUAAUCUUUGUAACUCUACUUUUUAAUGCGAUGACGACAACUAUGGUAUUCGCGUACCUGCCAGAACUUGUCAAAUCAUUUGGCGUGUCCGAAGUAAACACUGGCACAUAUGCUGGGUAUAUUGCUUCAUCGAUGUUCGUUAGUCAAACUAUAUUCAAUUAUUUUUGGGGGUACUUUGGAGACAAAAAAGGAAAGAAAGUAGCUUUAAUAUGUUCUUGCACUGGAGCUGCAGCUACAACAUUGCUAUUCGGAUUUAGUCGAAAUUUCUAUUGGACAAUGUUUGCGAGGUUUCUGCAAGGAGCAUUUGGAGUGCUGGUGACUGCAAAAGUUAUGUUGCUAGAUGUUUGUGACAGCACUAAUCAGCCUGCUGCAAUGGCUGUUGUACUCUCAUCAUAUACCGUAGGACUUCUGUUAGGACCAAGUAUCGGAGGUUACUUAGCAUUCCCAGCAAACUCAUAUCCUGGUCUUUUUAGCAAGGAUUCGCUCUUUGAAAGAAACACUAUUCUCCUACCAAAUUUAGUGUUAUGUAUUGGUUUUGUGAUCACCUCAUUAGUGUCGUAUUUUGUGAUGCAACCUGACGAAAGGGUGGCUGCGGAACAAAAAUGCGAGGCAAAGAAACCAUUGAUCACAACAUACGGCUCGAUAUCGGACAACAAUGAAAACAUAUCUGUGGACUUAAAAGUAACAAGAAAGAAGGACUACAUUAUUGUCGCUUUGAUCAGAAAUAAAAAGUGCAUGAUUUCCUGUUUAAUGUUUACAUUAUUUCAAAUUGUGGCAAUUGGAUUUAAUGAGCUCUAUCCAGUUUGGGCAGCAACAACAACAUCGUUAAAUGGCUUAAAUAUGGAUACAGCUGACGUUGCUCAAACCUUUAUGAUUCCAGCUGUUCUUCUGAUGUUUGUACAACCAAUUGUUCUUGUAAGGAUUGCAGAUUGGUUUGGCAUACAAAAGGUUUUCAUUAUAAAUUUACUUAUGCAAGCAAUCUUAUACCCACUUUAUCCAACCUUGUCAGUUGUGUCCAACAGUACCGCUCGAUUAGUUUUACUUUGUGCUGGCAAUUUCGUAACACGCAUUGCUGUAGGAGCAUGCUUUAUGGCUGCUAGUGUAAUGAUCAACGAAUCAGUAACACCAGAUGUAAUUGGAGCAGCCAAUGGUUUGAGCACAGCAAUGGGAAACUUGGCAAGGUCAGCCACACCGAUUAUGUUCGGUAAAAUGUUUUCAUGGUCGCUAACGAACAUAAAAGAUCCAGAAAAUGAAAUUGCAUUGGGCUAUCCAUUCAACCAGUACUUCAGUUUUCUCUUCAUGUCUGUCUUCUGCAUCAGUGCUGCUUUUUUGUUGCAAUGUGUUGGGGAAAAAACGAUUCCAGUUAAAAUUCAUCCAGGCGAUUAAUUAUCUUAGACUCUACAGUUCUUGAUUUUAUAUGAACUUGCAUUCAGAUAGUGAAAUCGUUAUAAACUGGAAUAUACUGUUAACAUAUAGUUAUUUUUGGCUGAGCUAGCAACCAGUGCCACACUUGGGUAAGAUUAACAGUACAAGUCUGGUCUACACCAGUUAGCUGCUUUUUUAAGUCCUAAGAACCAGUUACAUUCUAAACGUUGUAUCACCUCUUAAGUUUAGGCGUUUACAUCGAGUUUGCAUUUAUAUUUAAACAUGAAUAUUAUUACCUAUGGCUACCCCGAUUACCUUUCUUUUAAUUAUUUUAUUUUUAUUUGUUUAGUUUAUGUUUUUUAUUUUUUAUUUUAAUAUCUUAAUUUUUUAUCUUUCCAAAUUAUUUUAGUUUCAGAACAGUUCUUAUAGAAUAUGGAUUGGAACUAGACUUGAGUUUCAAAUUAUACCAACUGAGAAAUGAAUUUUGUUAUAUGCUAUUCUCAGCUGUACAAAGUAUACAAUAAUUAUAUACGAUAAUUAUAUAUACAAUAUAUAAAAUAAUUUUUAUUCUUUAAAAAUAAGCUAGAAACUAUAUCCUAAUUGAUAAACGACAAUUAAGUUAUUACAAGCUCGUGAGCUUGUAAUAAAACGCAAAUGUGUCCUACAAGAAUGGAAAUUUUUGCCUCUCUGAGCACCGACACGGGAGUCGUCGUGUGUUCGAAUCUCAUCUUGGUAACUAUUUUUACUUUUUUUUUCUUUUUUUUUUUUUAAAAAGAUAAGACAAGUGUUCAAAACACUUGUUUAACUAACUAGUAAAUAAAGGUGUUUCCACCAAACUUUUUAAAAGUGAAUGUAGGCAGAAUUAACUGAAUUAAUGAAUUUCGCAAAUUUUGGGGUUUGUGGGUUUGUGGUCUUUCUUCUUCCUGUCAGUCGGUUCACCCAAGACGGACCCAUCGAAAAUUAAAAGUUCGAGGAAUUUUCCGUUCAGGAAGGUCUCACAAAUCAAUUUUGAAAAAUAAGUGUGUAACAAAUAUUAUUGCGUAUCUGAAUAGUAAAAUAUGUCGUGUCUAACUUCGUAACAAAAAUCCCAAUUUGAGACAGCUUUUUGUAAACU